AUGACGUCCGUUACAUCCCUGCUCGCGGCUGAGGUGGUGGCGGAGGGAUGCGAGGACCCCUUGCUGUCGUAUUCCUCCCCACUUCCGCAGGAAAUUGAGUCCACCUCGAUGCGGACGCACUUGUGGACGAUGCUUUCAAGGAGGCACCACCGUCUUUAUUUGCCACAUGAACGCCUGAAGAUGGAGCGGUAUGAGUCUGUCGACACGUAUGAGCCCGCUACGAUAGUGUACAAGGACCACCUGGAGAGCCGCAGCCAAGAACCGCGUUGGUUCAUAUGGGUGUUUGUCUUUGGACUGGGUAUCGCGUCGAGUGCCAUCGCCAUCGCGGUGGUUUCUCUGUUGCAUGUACUGAACGGCAUACGUUACGAAUUAUUAGGAUUUGGGCUUCGAGGGUUUUCUUUCAGUGAUUCAAAUCGAUAUGCAAUGACGAACCGCACUGAGUUGGAUAUUGCUGCCCUCUUUGAAGGAGCUGGUGCUGGCCUCUACGGUAUUGAACCGCGCUCCCCCGCAAAAGGCUAUUUAAUGUGGAUUUUGUUUAGUGUGAUGCUAUCUGUGAUGUCAAGUCUUAUAUGUUGUCUUGUCCCUGAGAGCAUCGGGUCUGGGUUGCCUGAAGUAGUGGCGUACCUGAAUGGUGUAAAUUAUCCUAUGCUCGAUAGUUUUAAAGUGCUCCUGGCAAAGGUGAGUUUUAUCAUCUUCAGUGUUGCCAGCGGAGCAUGUACAGGACACUUUGGCACACUUAUUCUAGCAGGUGCUAUGCUUGGCGCCCAGGCUCUUCAACGACGGCGUCCGUUUCGCUGUGACAGCGUAAAUAUUAUCGAAUGCUUUCGUAACCCGCGUGAUCGUCGAAUUAUUAUUGUGAUUGCGGCAGCAGCAGGGGUUGCCUCGGCCUUUGGUGUUGCCAUUGGUGGACUGAUGGUUGUAAUGGAGCUUAUCUCUACGAUCCUGCCCGUGCGGUUUGCCCUCUACGUCUUUGCCGCUUCCUUGGUGUCUUCCCUGACGCUGCAAAUUUACUUUUCCUUCUUUGCCUAUUUCAGCCUUCGCGACCGCCGUUUCUACCCGCAAGGGGAACUCCUCUCAGAAAUGGUGCAGUCCUUUGUGUCUUGUGUGUCGCUGGAGCAGCUGGUGCGGAUGCAUAUUGUCUACUUUGUCCCAGCGAUUGUUGUUGGACUUUUCUGUGGCGUAGCUGCGGGGGGCUUUGUCCGGUUGAGCUCUCUCGCGCUGGAGCUUCGGCGUCGGCUGGAGCGGCGGCUGAAGACGAAGGCCGUCCGCUACGUGUUGCCGGUGCUCUUUACAGGCGUUUACGUGUCCAUCAACUACUGGGUGGUGGCUGCGAUGGGCGGUGGCGGAUGGUCACCACCCGCGCCAGGAGGGGCUGAGGAGAGCGGCGGCACGCAGAUGCACGCGCCGCAGCAAACGACGAAGGGCAACCUCACUCCAGCCGGGUUUCAUACUGCGAUGGGCGGGCCAUGCGUGGGUGUUCCCUCCACCCUGCUUAACACCCGAAACGUGACGGUUAUUGCCUACUAUGGGGCGAAUGGAUUCUUCUGUCGGGCCGCUACUUCCACGAGAAGCGAAAGCAACGAGGAAGUGGGACGCGACGAACCAACAUUGAGUGUGCUACAUGGCUACGCCUCGCUCGCUUUUGCCAAUGCCGACUCCGUGGUGCAGACUCUACUUAGCUGGCAUACGGAAGAGAUGUUGGGUGCACCUGUGCUCUUGAUUUUCUUCUCCAUCUACUUUGUCGCCUCCGCCUUAUUUCUUGGUGUCUCACUGGGUGGUGACACGCUACUCCCUGGACUUGUCAUUGGGGCAACGGUCGGCCGACUGGCUGGAAUUGGUGUGCACUACGCGGCGGUGUCGGUGGUCGGGGACACUGCGGCGGCCGCCUGGGCGGAUCCAGGAGGAUUUGCCCUCAUUGGAGCUGGUAGUUUUAUAGGCGGCACGACCGGCCUUACCUUCUCCAUUUGUACAAUUCUGAUGGAAACCACCAGCGAUUUUCAGCAUCUUCUACCGCUUAUGAUGGGUAUUACCAUCGCCAAGAAGACAACAGAACUUUUUACACAAAAUAUUAACACAAUUCUACUCCAAAUGCGUUGUGUGCCGAUGCUCGACUUUGAGAAUGAAAUUCACAAGUACCCCAUGUUUGACGCUCGGCACGUGAUGGCAUCGCCAGUUGUGGCAUUGGAGACUGUGUGCACCAUUGGACGUAUUCUUGACGUCCUGCAGAGCACCCGCCAUAACGCCUUUCCUAUAGAAAGCGUGCGUGAUCGGACAUACAAGGGUAUCAUUGUACGACAGCAGCUGGAGAUUCUCCUUUGGCACGUGCACUUUACACCAUAUCCUUCUAUCUGCACCUACGAAUUUGGAAAAAAAGUGGAGGCGCGUUUGUUUUACGACAAAUUGCUGGGCACCGUGCCGCCGCUAGAAACGCGAUUGGAGGUUCGCAUUGAUCUUUCGCCCUACAUCGACCACUCUGGUUUUUGCGUCCUCGAAACUACGACGCUUCCGCGGACCUACACUAUGUUUCGCACCCUGGGUCUGCGCCACCUGACGGUCGUUAGCUCCGAAAACCACGUCGUUGGCAUCAUUACCCGGAAGGAUCUCGUGACGGAUCGCAUCAUCGAGGGCAUCGUCGCCGUCGACAAGGCUCGUCGCAGGUUUGUGGAGCAGCGGCGCCACGAGGCCCCCGAGGGGGCGUCCGACACACCGAGCAGCAUUCACAACAACAAGAGCGGCGACAGGGACACAAGUGGCAGCGAUUCUUGGAAUCCGCUGAAUGGCGUGAGGAGCUCUGGAAGGGAGCAGCAACGAAAGGGGAAGGACUACGAGUUUUACCGCACAGGGGAAUGGAUUGUGAUGGGGAAGUGUGAGGGUGGUUGGGCCGAGGCCGCAGAAACAAGGGAAACAUUCAUGCAUCCCAGUGCGGCGAGGGUGGCUGCCAUCCGUGCCCAGGCUGAAAAGAAAAGGCACUUCCCGUGCUGA